AGAUAUACGCUUUAUGGUUUAUAUAUACAUAGAAUGAGGCAUGGUUGCUGGUAAUGAAUAGUCAGGAGGAAAGUAAAAAGUGAUCAUCCUUUUAUAGAAAAAUAUCUCAUUUCAUAUUUUCCGUAUAUAAUAAUCACUGGGAGAGAGAGAGAGAGAGAGAUUUGAUGUAAAGGAAAGGACGAUACAGGGAAUGGGAUCGUCGGAGGAAGAGAAGGCGUCGGGGAUAUCGAAGCUUCUGGAGAGAGCGAGGGGUUACGUGGCGGAGAAGCUGGCAAACAUUCCGACGCCGGAGGCGAGCGUGACGGACGUUAACUUCAAGGCAGCGAAUCGUGACUCCGUCGAUUACGUCGCCAACGUCGCCGUCAAGAACCCUUACCCUCACCCCAUCCCCAUUUGCCAGAUCUCUUACAUCCUCAAGAGCAACACCAGGGCAAUAGCUUCGGGGACUAUGCCGGAUCCCGGAUCGUUGAAGGCGAAAGACACGACAAUGCUUGAUGUGCCGAUGAAGAUCCCGUACGGCAUAGCAGUCAGUCUGGUACGAGACAUUGGUGCGGACUGGGACAUCGACUACCAGCUUGAUCUCGGUCUCACCAUCGAUCUCCCCGUCGUCGGAGAUAUCACCAUCCCUCUCUCCACCAAAGGCGAGAUCAAGCUCCCCACCCUCAAGGACUUGUUUUGACUUCUUUUUCUCUUACCAGUUUUAUACAAAAAGGAAUAUUAUGACAGAAGAGCCAAUAGCUUUGGAUCUAUUCCGUUAUGUUUGGAUUUUUGGGUUUGGUUCGUCGGACAUUAUAUAGAGAUACAUUGGUAUAUGGUAUGACAUUCCAUCAAUUUUAAUCA